UUGAAUUUUUAAAUGUAACAAUUCACAGUUGGUAUAUGUUAUUUCCUAUCACUGUGUCUGUCCAAUGUGUGCUCACAUAUAAUAAUAUUGGGUUUAACAACUUUUCCGUCAGACUCUUUAACACACUGUGCUUUUUAUGUAAGGAUGUAAUGGUGUUGUAGUAUUAGUGCACACACAUUACAGUGUAUGUUUGCCAAUUAACCAUUCACUUGCUUUAUGUGUUGUAACAUACACCUCCUUUCUUGUUUCUGUUUAAGCAUUGUACGCCAUGGAAAUAAAUGUGGAGAAAGACAGAAAGACAGGAGAGACCAAGAUUCUCUCUACAGCUGCAAUUGACCCAGAGGUGGUUCAACAGAGAGGAGUAAAGGUCUAUGAUGAUGGUAACAAAGUAGUGUAUGAGCUCCACCAUUCAGGGGCUGUGGUAGAAAAUGGCAUCCAUAACUUAAGUACAAGGGAAGUAGAUGAACUUAUACACAAAUCUGCACAAUCAAAUGUAGUAACAGGGCAAGGCACUUUACCUGAGAGAACUCUAAUCACAGAAGGAAUCCCUAGUAACUUGAAGGAGCAAUUGCAUUUAAAAGAAGCAAAAUUAGAAAUGGUGCACAAGUCAACUAAAGGGCUUCCUUUAAAACCUGGACAGCAACAAGUAAAAAAUAGUGGAAGUAAUGUGGCUGAUGCCACGUUAGAGCAACCUGUGACUAUGAUCUUCAUGGGCUACCAGAAUAUUGAUGACGAGGAUGAGACUAAAAAAGUGUUAGGCUAUGAUGACACCAUAAAAGCUGAGCUUGUUCUUAUUGAUGAAGAUGAUGAGAAGUCGUUGCGGGAGAAGACAGUUACUGAUGUCUCCACCAUGGAUGCCAAUGCUGCAGAACUGGUCUCUGGCAAGCUUCUCACCGAGACCACAGAGCCCUCCUCUCCUGAGGGAAAAGAGGAGAGCCUAGUCACAGAGCCAAUAACAGGUACAGACAAGAAGGCACGCUGCAAAUGCUGUGUUGUCAUGUGAUUAUUACUGUUUUUUUUAGGUUGAACAGCACUGACACUGCCAACUUUGUAUCACGUACCUUUGUGUAAGUUGUACAAUACUGUGAACUGGGAGUGGAUACCCACAGUGCACUGAAGUUGAUUUGGUUUGAAAGGGUAUAUGUGUGUGUGUAUAUAUAUAUAUAUAUAUAUAUAUAUAUAUAUAUGCUGAGUAAAGACAGUUGUUGACUAAGCUUAUAGACACCAUGAGUUAUAAGACUGUUUUACAUGUAGAAAUUAUUUAAAGUCAAAACUAUUUAACAGUUUUGAAGUAAAAUUACGCCUAAUGCACAAAGUGUAGCCAAAUAUACUGAUGCGUAUGGCACAGAAACAGAUGAGAACAUGUCACAUACAAGUAAAAUGAUAUUAAAGGUGAACGAAAUGGAACUCAGUGUUAAAGGGGUACUUCGCCCCUAGACAUCUUAUCCCCUAUCCAAAGGAUAGGGGGAUAAGAUGUCUAGGGGGGGUAGUACCCCUUUAAGGAACUAAUACAAUAUUGUGUUUUUGUUUUACAUUCUUUAUCUACCAAAGUUAAAUGUUUAAUAGAACACAAUAUGUAUAUUCCCGCUCUGUGAUGGAGGUUAUGACUGGCUAUACUUGCUUGCCUCAAGGGAAAUGUUUACCUCUGCAGACAAUGCUUUUUAUUGCUCAUUGUAUCUAAAUAAAGCAGCUGUACCAAUGGA